UGAAGGCAGAAAUGAUCAACUGCAUUACUUCACAAUCACAACUCAUGAGCAGGAACAGCUGGCGAUAUUCACACUGGAUGUAGGCUACUUUUAAAGUAUAAAUUUUUCCUUGAUGUUUUUUGCUUGUUACAUCUGAAAACUUCAAACUUUUUUAUCUUGACUAUAUUAAUUAUGACUUAAAAUGAAUGUGUUUUAAUAUACAGCGCACAGCACAGCGUUGUGGCAUUAUGGCUCAAAUGUUGCUGUUCUUUUACCUGCAAGAGAUGCAGAUAAAUUCAUUUGGAUAGAUAUAUUAACUGCGAAGCAACGUGAGUAGUCAUUAGAAUCAACAAACAGACAUGGAGACAUUUACAAUUCAAGAUAUGCUCAUUAAUUCCACUGAUAUUUAUAAAAUAUUAUGCGGACUUGGAAUCGGGAAUUUGUCGGAGUGCAAAAACGAGAGCACCCCCAGCCCGUCUGAACCAAAAGAUAUGAACCAGACGGUGCGGAUCGUGUUGUAUGUGCUGAUCUUCAUCCUGAGCUUUCUCGGGAACAGCCUCAUCAUCGCGGUUCUGCUGCGGAACCGGCGCAUGCGGACGGUCACUAAUCUUUUCCUGUUGUCCCUGGCCGUCAGUGACCUGAUGCUCUGUGUUUUCUGUAUGCCCUUCACCCUCAUCCCAAACCUCAUGAAGGACUUUAUCUUCGGGAGCGGCAUGUGCAAAGUGGCCACAUACUUCAUGGGUAUCUCGGUGAGUGUAUCCACAUUGAACCUCGUGGCCAUUUCUCUGGAACGCUAUAGUGCCAUCUGCAACCCACUGAAGUCCCGCGCCUGGCAGACCAAGUCUCACGCUGCUAAAGUCAUCUCUGCCACCUGGGUGGUGUCGUUUCUACUCAUGCUGCCUUAUCCUAUAGGCAGCACCCUUGUGCCUUUCAUGCGCAGUAACAACAGCACUGGCAACAUGUGCCGCUUGGUUUGGCCCAGUGAUGUCAUGCAGACCUGGUAUAUUUUCCUGUUGCUGACACUCUUUCUUGUGCCUGGGAUCAUAAUGAUGACAGCUUAUGGCCUCACCUCACUUGAACUCUACAGGGGAAUCAGAUUUGAAAUGGCUAACAGGAAGUCAAACAAAGAGAAAGAAUACGGCACUUCCAGUCUGAAAAACAGUGACAGUGAUGGCUGCUACUUCCAACCAUCCAAAAAGAAGCGCAGCGAGCCGGUGAUGCCCAGUCACCCCAAGUCCAAACUGAGAAGAGUUUGCAGCAACAGCCCCACAGCAAAUCUCAUGGCCAAGAAGCGGGUCAUUCGCAUGCUACUGGUAAUUGUGGGUCUAUUCUUCCUCUGCUGGACACCCGUCUUUGUGGUUAAUGCCUGGCGAGCUUUCGACAGACGCUCAGCAGACCGUCUCCUGUCAGGAGCGCCAAUAUCCUUCAUCCACCUGCUGUCCUACACCUCCGCCUGCGUCAACCCCAUAGUUUACUGCUUUAUGAACAAGCGCUUCAGACAAGGCAUUCUGUCCACAUUUUCCUGCUGUAGGGCCGAUGUAGAUGAGUUCAGCAGGAGCAGCACUCGGCGCAGUGCCAAAGGAGCUGGAGGUUUGGGAACGCUGUUUAAAGGAGCCGGACAGACUGACGGUAAUACGCAGACCUCAGGAACACUUACCAGGCUUACUGACACCAGUGUCCGUGGCUCAGCACAAGCAUAGUUGACAGCAUGAAAUAUGAAGGGUAAGAACCCAACACCAAGUUUAUCUUGGGUAAAGGCUGAGGAAUUUGAUACCAGCGGUAUUUAGUGAAGUGAAUGAUCAGUUGUCUGGCUGCUAUGUGAAGGGAGACUCGUUUUACUGUUGAUAAAUGAGAUUGCGAGCACACAGACAAAUAGCAGUGAAACUGACUGAAUCCAGUGCUUCAUUUUAGUACGUCACCAUGUUUAAUAAACAGCGGCAACAAACGGCCCAAGACUGUGGCGUGCAGGUCUCAUCACGGCAUUGACUUGUAAAUGUUGGGCUUUACAUAUGACAAGACUGUAUAAGCCUUAAAUAUGUUUUGUUCAUUUGGUUUUCUGGCUCAGCUAGAAAAUUGAGAGUUGAAUUGCUUUUCUUUUUUUGGUAUUUUACAUUUUUCUUUGCAAGCAAUUGUUCUAAUGUUUUAUAUAUACAGUACAUACACUUACCAGCCAUUUUAUUAGGUACACCUUACUAGUACCCGGUGUAGUGUUCUGCUGCUGUAGCCCAUCUGCCUCAAGGUUAGACGUGUUGUGCGUUCAAAGAUGCUCUUCUACAGACCUCGGUUGUAACGAGUGGUUAUUUGAGUUACUGUUUACUGACCUCAACAAGGCAUUUGCACCCACAGAACUGCUGUUCAUUGGAUAUUUUCUCUUUUUCGGACCAUUCCCUGUAAACCUAGAGAUGGUUGUGUGUGAAAAUCCCAGUAGAUCAACAGUUUCUGAAAUAGACCAGCUCAUCUGGCACCAACAAUCAUACCACGUUCAAAGUCACUUAAAUCACCUUUCCUCCCCAGUCUGAUGCUCGGUUUGAACUGCAGCAGAUCAUCUUGACCAUGUCUACAUGCCUAAUUGCUAAUGUGAUUGGCUGAUUAGAAUUUUGCGUUAAUGAGCAGUUGGACAGGUGUACCUAAUAAAGUGGCCGGUGAGUGUAUAUUUGUUUGUUUCUUUCUAAAAGUGUUUUUAACUACACUAUCAUUUAAAAGUUUGGAGUUGAGUUGACUUUUUUUUACAAACCAGAGUAACAUUGUAAAAUAUUACAUUAAGAGUUUUAAGUGUCCCUAUUAUGAUGUUUUCAAGUUUUUUUAGACCUCCUAUUAUAGGUUUACAGGCAAGAUGAAAAAAAAAAUUAAAAAUGUCCUUCUCACACAUAUACACUGUCAGAAUUAAAGGUACAAAUCUGUGACAGGCUGUACCUAAAAGGUGCAUAUUGGUAUUAUGCUAAAAAAGUUAACCUUUUGAAAAGGUAUUGCCUUAGUGACAACUUUUUUACCUUUUUUUCUGAGUACAAUACCUGACAAAAGUCUUGUCGCCUAUCCAAGUUUUAGGAAAAACAAAUAACUUGACUUAUAGUUGAUCAUUUGGUAUCAAGUGGCUUCCAGAGUUCAUCAAGAUUCAUUGGAUUCAUCAUUAAUACCUUCUCCUUCAUCUUACAAUAGUGUUCAUGUCCGGUGACUGGACUGGCCAAUCCUGGAGCACCUUGGCCUUCUUUGCUUUCAGGAACUUUGAUGUGGAGGCUGAACUAUGAGAAGGAGCGCUAUCCUGCUGAAGAACUUGCCCACUCCUGUGGUUUGUAAUGUAAAGGGCAUCACAAAUGUCUCAGGCUGUUGUUGUUGCCAUCCACUCUGCAGAUCUCUUGCACGCCCCCAUACUGAAUGUAACCCCGAACCGUGAUUUUUCCUUCACCAAACUUGACUGAUUUCUAUGAGAAUCUUGGGUCCAUGCGGGUUCCAGUAGGUCUUCUGCAGUAUUUGUGAUGAUUGGGAUGCAGUUCAACAGAUGAUCCAUCUGAAAAAUCCACCUUCAACAAAUGAUCAAGUCAAGUUAUUAUUUGUUGCUCUUACAACUGGGAUUGACGACAAGAUUUUUGUCAGGUACUGUUUACUCGGUAGGAUGGGCAGUGUCUUUUGAUUAGACUACUGUUUACAGUGUGUGAUAAAACCUGCAUUAUGAAUUGUAAAGUUCUCAUCUGAAGACUCCCAUCUUUUUUUUUUAAUGGUUGCGAUUUUAAUGAAUUAAAAUGAGGUCCAGCAUAUGACCUCAUCACCACCUGCUUUUGGUUGUGUAUUGGCAUAUUGGUAUAAACCCAUAAAAAUAUGGUACCGUAAAUAAAAAAAAUAAUAAUAGAUUAUGGUUUUCUUUCAUUGGACAAUGAAACUGGAACACCUAAUUAUAGACCACAAUAUUUCAUUAGUAUGGCAUAGGGCCUCCUUUUGCACCCAAUACAGCAUCAUUUAGUCUUGGAAAUAACAAGUCCUGCACAGUGGCCAGUGGGAUUUUGAGCCAUUCUUUUUGCAGAAUAUUGGCCAGGUCUCUAUGUGAUGCUGGUGGAGGAAAGUGUUUCCUGACUCGCUCCUCCAAAACACCCCAACAUGGCUGAAUAAUAUUUAGCUCUGGUGACUGUGCAGGCCAUGGGAGAUGGGAGACUUGACUUUCAUGUUCCUCAAACCAUUCUGUCACCAGUCUUGCUGUGUGUAUUGAUGCAUUAUCAUCCUGAUACACACCGCCUUGAGGAUACAACGUUUGCAACAUUGGGUGCACAUGGUCCUCCAGAAUGGUUCGGUAGUCCUUGGCAGUGAUGUGCUCAUCUAGCACAAGUAUUGGGCCUAGGGAAUGCCAUGAUAUUGCAGCCCAAACCAUUACUGAUCCACCCCCAUGCUUCACUCUGGGCAUCAGCAGACUGGGGGUUUCUCCACACCAUAACUCUCCUGGAUGUGGGAAAGACAGUGAAGGUGGACUCAUCAUAGAACAAUACAUGUUUCAAAUUGUUCACAGCCCAAGAAUUUCGCUGCUGGCACCAUUGAAACUGACAUUUGGCAUUGGUAUGAUUGACCAAAGGCUUGGCUAUAGCAGCCUGGCCAAGUAUAUUGAGGCUGUGGAGCUCCUGUCUAACAAUUUUGGUGGAAACGAGAGUGGAGGUGCAGUUUAAUUCUGCAGUGAGUUAGGCAGCUGUGGUUUUUGUUUUUUGGAUACAAUCUGGGUUAGCACCCGGACAUCCUUUACAGUUGUAAGAUGUGUUUUUUCUUCUUGGAGGUUUGCUGACAUUACCAUGAAUUCUGUGGCACUUAAUACAUCACAAAGACUUGCUGUCUUGGUCACCAGUGUUGGGGAAAGUUACUUCUGAAAGUAAUGCAUUACAAUACAUAAUACGUUAUGUAACUUUUGAGUUACUUUUGCAUUACUUUUUCUGUUAGCUUUUUUGUGCUUUUGUUUUAUUUAAAAGUAAAAUCAAUGUCCAUUCAGAUAAUCCUCUUUUCUUUUUCUUCCAUGUAUUUACAAUAAUGAGAAUAUUUCUAGCACAGAAAUGUAAGGCUCUGCCAUCUUCCUGUCUGCCUGUUCCUGCAUUCUCUCAUUGAGUGUGGGAUUCAACAUGACUACGUUCAUUUUAACUAAGCAAUGUAUUUUUUUAAAGUAUCUCAAAUAUUAUUGCUUAUAUUUUGAAAAGCAAUGCGUUACUUUACUCGUCACAUAGAACAGUAAUAUUAUAAGGUAACUCGUGUUACUUGUAAUGUGUUACCCCCAACACUGUUGGUCACGGAUGCACCAGCGAGACGACCACCAACAAUUUGUCCUCUUUUGAGCUCUAUUGUGUCACAAAUAAUGUUGUGUGCAUACUAUUCUAAUUAAAUGUGCAAUCAAUGAAGAUUGGCCAACAGGCUGUACAAAUUUAGCCAUGAAACCUCCAACACUAAAUUUGCACUAAAAUUUAGUUCACUUAACACUAGUUCACUAAAACACUUUCAUUGUCCAACCCCUGUAGACCUGUUACUGAUAUGAAAUUGGAAUUGGCAAUUUCUUUUUGGAGAUAACUUUGUUUCAUUUUCACAAACAGCUACGCUAUUACAUAUGAAAUAACCAAACUAGUGUCAUACAGGCACUUUUGAAAUAUUUAAAAAUAUAUUGCAUUCAGAUAUACAGAUUUGCUGCUUUUUAUUUUGUAACAUAAAUAUAUAGUCAUCAAUAUCAUUGAUUAUUAUCAACACAGAAAAUUGUUGUGCUGCUCAAUAAUUUUGUUUACAUAUAUAUAUAUUCAUUUGUAAGUCGCUUUGGAUAAAAGCGUCUGCUAAAUGACUAAAUGUAAAUGUAAAUGUAUUUUGUUCUUUCAGAAUCGUACAGAAAAAGGAAAAAAGCAUUUAUUAUUAAAAUAUUUUUGCAACCAUGUAAAGCUUCCACAUUUUGAUUAAUUUGGCCGUGCUCAAUAAAGUAAUAAAUAAAUAAUAAAUUAAUUAAUUAAAUAAAUAAUAAAUCUCACAGACCCCAAACUUUUGAAAGAGAGUGUUGUACAUCUGAUAUCAGUUUGGAAUAUUUUAAUAGUCAUCAUAUCUGCUUUACUAAUGAUUACAGAUAAUUCUGUUUGAUAAAUAACUCAAACUUACAAAGCCUGGUUUUAUGUUUUGCCAAUACCACACAUAUAUACAGAAUAAAAACAAAAUGUCUGAACUUGUACCCAUGUGACAUCUGUAUGUAGAUGUGUGUAGCAUUAAGCGCUUUCUUAGUAAAGUACACAGUCUUUUUUUAUCUUGUGUGUAAACGAAGCCAUGCUGUUUGUACACUGACACAAAGUCUGUCCUUAUCACUGCAUGAGACUUUUCACAGCUGUUGUGCACUUCAAAGAAUCUACUCAAGGCUGAUUCUGACAACUGGGAUGUUUUUCACCUGGACUUUAACAUUUCUUUAAAUCAUAAUUACUUUCAUCUCUCAAAAAUCAUUAACAGCAUGUUAAUAAAAUAUUAAACCUGAAUGUUGCGAUGCUGUAUAUACUGACUGACAGAGAUGGAUUAAAGGGACACUCCACUUUUAUUUUUUGUUUUUUCCAAGUCACAUAGAGUUACACAAUUCACCUUUUACAAUCGAUCUCUGGGUCUGGCAGGAGCACUUUUAGCUUAGCUUAGCAUAAAUAAUUGAAUUGGAUUAGACCAUUAGCAUCUCGUUUCCAAAAAAAAAAAAAAAAAACGAUUCAAAGCUUGAAUCUUGACUUCUGUAGUUACAUUGUGUGCUAAGACCGACAGUAAAAUGAAAAGUUGAUAUUUACUAGGUCGAUAUAGCAAGGAACUAUACUCAUUCUGGCGUAAUGAUCAAGGAACUCUGAGGCACAAUGAUAUUAUGCAGCUAAGUAACAAAUAUCUGCACCUGCUGCAAAGAAAAUAGCAACUUUUCAUUUGCCGUCAAACUUCGUACAGGAUGUACUGUAACGUGUCAAGCUUUAAACAGAGAAUUUAUCAAAACCAACCAAAAAAUUUCAAAUCCUUGAGCAAGAUUCACUCAAAAAAGACUUUUGCUGCUUUUCCAAACUACUUACUUAAAAUGAGUUGAAACAACACCAUUCUUGUUUUAUGUUCAAUCCCCUUAAAUUUGUAAAAACAAUUAAAUUAACUUAAAGACACAAAGAUUGGCUGAAUGGAUUCAAAAAUGGUAAAAACCCAAUUGUUUAACUAUAGGGCAGCUGUAAAAUGAGCCUAUUUAAAAAAACCACAGGUGUCAAACUCUCCAGCUCUGCACAGUUUAGUUCCAACUGUAAUUAACAACACUUAAUCAAACUAAUUAAGUUAUGUUUGAAACCUACAGGUAAGUGUGUUGAAGCAGGGUUGGAACUAAACUGUGCAGGGCUGCAGCCCUCCAGUUUGACACCCCUAGUUUAAACCAUCUAAAGUCUUUAUCCCGUUAUAUGUUUAUACUAGGACAUUUAACCAGCCAAAAAUAAUAAUCUUCUUAAUAAAGGAAACAUUUCAAAACCCUGAGGAGAUUCACAUUUGACAGUUCGUAAAUCAUCGUAAACAUGAAUAUUUUAGGAGUGCUUUGUGUGAAAGGCGACCUGAGGGCCAGACUGAAGUUUUCCUAUUGUGAGUUUUUGUCACUGGAUUCUUGUGAAGUGUAUGCAUUAAA